GGCCUGGUCAACAACUAAAACUUAGGUUGAUCUACCUAUGUUGCUCAGAAAUAUAAAAUAUUCACACCCCUGAGAUGUAGUUAAACUGACCUAAAUCCUGCAAGGUCAAUGGAACUAUCUACUAUCUCUUGGAGGGGUGGAUUAACUACAGCAAUGGCAAACCCCUUUUAUUGAUGUAUCUCAUGUCUACACUACAAAGCUAUGGUGGCACAACUGCAGAGUUAUAGCCCUAAAAAUGGCAAAGGAUAGCGCAGUUGAGUCUCUGCGUUCUGGGCAAUGUGCUUUUGGCAGCUCGUUGGCACUGUUACCCCCAUCCCAUUUCUUUCACUUUUCCUCAGAUUUGGGGCUAGCUGAACUGCAUUCGGUUUUGUUUCUGGGUAAGUUUUGGUCUGUGAAUAUAUUGGCCAUUACCCAUUUCACAGUCCUACUCUCUAGAUUUUAUCAUCGCCUCACAUGUCACCACAGCAGGAAGUAGCAAGAGGCAGGGUGGUGUUUACCUAAGAAGAGUACACAGCACAGUUUCCUUUUUUUAAGGUGGUUGGCAGUUUUGAGUUCAGAGCGGAAACGGGGAAAUAAAUCUGGUUCCAACUGGAGAACCUAGACUCAAGAGAAGUUAUCUGAGAGCUGCAGUUGUCCUGAUAAAAUGUCCAUCAGGGGGCUGAAGAAGAAGCAACCUAAGACUUUUAAAGUAAAAGUUAUAACCAUGGAUGCUGAAAUGGAGUUCAGCUGUGAGAUGAAGUGGAAGGGAAAGGACUUGUUCGACUUGGUGUGCCGAGCAUUAGGACUAAGGGAAACUUGGUUCUUUGGCUUGCAAUACACUAUAAAAGGAAUGUACACCUGGUUAAAGAUGGAUAAAAAGGUUUUGGAUCAAGAAAUCCCCAAAGAAGACCCUGUUAGCUUUCGUUUUUUGGCUAAAUUUUAUCCAGAGAAAGUGGAAGAGGAGCUAUUACAGGAAAUUACCCAGCACCUAUUCUUCUUGCAGGUUAAGAAACAGAUAUUGGAUGAAGAAAUCUACUGCUCUCCAGAGGCUACAGUUUUAUUGGCUUCUUAUGCUGUGCAGGCUAAGUAUGGUGACUAUGACCCGAAUUUUCAUGUGCCAGGCUUUCUUGCCCAAGAAGAACUGUUACCCAAAAGAGUCCUCCGGCAAUAUCAGAUGACAGCAGACAUGUGGGAAGAAAAGAUAUCGGCUUGGUAUGCAGAGCACAGGGGUAUUGCCAGGGAUGAAGCAAAGAUGAACUAUUUGAAAAUUGCUCAGGACUUGGAGAUGUAUGGUGUCAAUUACUUUCCUAUUGCUCAAAAUAAGAGUGACACAGAUCUCCUACUUGGAGUUGAUGCUAAAGGUAUUCAUGUCUACAGCAUAAAUAACAGGUUCUCUCCAAAUAAGUCUUUUGAAUGGAGUGGUAUCAGAAACAUUUCCUAUAGUGAGAAAGAGCUAACUAUUAAACCUCUUGAUAAAAAAGCAGAAGUUUUCAAAUUCUUUUCUUCUCAGCUCAAAGUGAACAAACUGGUUUUACAGCUGUGCAUUGGAAACCACGACCUCUUCAUGAGAAGGAGGAAUGUUGACUCCAUCGAGAUCCAGCAAAUGAAAGCUCAGGCCAGGGCGGAAAAGGCUAGACAAAAAAUGGAGACUCAAAGGCUGGCCAGGGAGAAGCAGCUCAGAGAAGAAGCCGAGCGAGCCAAAGAAGAGCUGGAAAGGCGCCUCUUCCAGAUGGAAGAUGAAGCCCGGCAAGCCAACGAGGCACUGCUCCGGUCCCAGGAAACAGCAGAGCUGCUGGCUGAGAAAGCUCAGAUUGCAGAAGAAGAGGCCAAACUGCUGGCCCAGAAUGCUGCAGAAGCUGAGCAAGAGCGGCAGAGGUUGGAGAUCACAGCACUGAAAACCAAGGAGGAGAAGCGUCUGAUGGAGCAGAAGAUGCGGGAGACAGAGCUGAUUGCAGUAAAAUUGGUGAAAGAGUCAGAUAGAAGAGCCAAAGAAGCUGAACAUCUAAAACAGGAUCUGCAUGAAGCCAGGGAAGCUGAACGAAAAGCGAAGCAGAAACUUCUGGAUGUAACGAAGCUUAAUUAUCUUCAUGUGGCCCGGUAUCCUCCUCAUUCACCUGCGGACACCAGAGAUGUCAGCUUUGACAAAGGAUCUGUAAAGAUGGAUUUAAAAGAUGUAGAUCUGAAGAGACUGUCCUUUGAGAUAGAAAGAGAGAGGUUAGAUUACUUGGAAAAGAGCAAAAAAUUUGAAGAUCGAUUGAAAGAGCUGAAGUCAGAAAUCCAUGCACUGAAACUAGAGGAAAAACAAACUGGGCUCUACUCUCACUGGAAUGAAGUUCUUGGAUCCUUGGAUCGUUCAAUAGGAAAUGCUCCCUCAUGGAUGAAAACCUUUGGAGCUGGAGACUUGUUGGAUAUGAAUCUUCGAAAGCCCUUCCCAGCUUAUCCAUUAAAUGCCACAAGCAGCUGGCCAUGUACCAACAAGAAUCAACAUACAGUGCCUGUGGAAAAGUCAACUUUUCAAACAAAUACCUUGGUUGCCAGCAAUGUGGGGACAGGAACUAGAAAACAGAUUAUAAAGGUAAUGGGAUUUAUAUGUAUUUUCCCAAAAUGUGAAUGAAUUUAUUGCUUGUGAAAGUAAGGAAUUAAUAGCUUGGGCAAGCUUCUUCCACCCAGCUCUGCCAGUGCCCCUCAAUCCCAAACUGUGGAGGACGGCUAGUUACUCUAGUCCUUCAGUUUCAUGCCAUUUAAGGCAGCUUAUAACAUGGGCAUCAUGGGGGCUAAGAUGAGACCAACUGACUCCACUCCACCUGUGGUCAAAGCUGGAAUACGAAUGGAAGAUAAAUCCCAUUAGACAACAAGAGGAUUUGUAUUCAAUAGCUGCGUUUUCUUUAUAGUUUGACCAAGCUUGAAAGUAAAGUGUCCUCAGUGCUGGCAUCAGCAGUUUAAAACAUAAACAUGACUCCCUUCUGCACUAGUAUUUAUGGCUGUGAAAACCUAACUUCCAGCAUUAAGGGGUAAGUAAUAAGAUACUAGUAACAGAAAUUGACCAAACCACCUACAAUUCAGCUCUUACAUGGCAAUGGUCAUAGAACACUGCCUCUCUAUCAGCUGUUUCACACAAGUGCUGUGUGGGUCCAUGAGGGAGACCUUGUGUCCUUGUAUGCGUGGCUCCUUCCAGGUAGGUGAGUGAGUAAAUAAAUUUGGGGAUAUAAAAGCUCAGUCUGUACGUGAGACUGUUUUAAGGGCAGGUAACUGUUAUUUAACAGUUACCAGCAAGUAACUUUAUUUAUGCACUACUAAUUGUGCUGGUUGCCAGAGAACUAACUGGAGGUUUAAAGGAACGUUGAUGUAUGUGAAUGAGGUUAGGGCAAGAGUUUCUAUUCUAUGAUCAAUAAACUUGAGCUGUGCCCGUGGCCUCCUUCAUAUAUUUAUUCUAAAGAUUUUUCAGAAUCACUAGAGACUGUCCCAUGACCUUAACUUGCAGACUGUAGGCACAGAAUUAAGAUACACAGUCCAAUGUGGUUGGACAGAAGCAGCAUCUUCCUAAUGCAAAUAAUACAGGUAAUUGUUUUAAGAAAAAUAAAAUCCAAACUGCAAAGUGAUGUCUUUCAGUUGGAAAACUUCCAUGGGGCUGGCAGGAACGUAAGUCAAGCCAUUUUGAUGUGACUUCUUAAAGGCCAGAGUUGAUAUCAAAGCCAGGAUUAGAGCUAAGGAAUUCCUGGGUCCCACUCAUAUGCUUAAACGGAACUUUAGGGUGGAUGGAAAUAACUUCUCUUUGAUUUGCAUGUAGGUUCAGCAGCAUGACUCGGACGUGAUCUACAUUUGAAGUGUCUCAGCAAUUCAGUAAUGCUUUCAUCAAGAGGUGAAAAGGUAGAAUUUCAGAGUAAUCCAUUUGCCUGCCGCAAAAGUUACUUACACAAAACCACUAUAUACAUUUAGCUACUCAAUGAUGUCAGCAUCAAAACACAUCCUGUCAUGAGUGUGGUGCUGCUCAGUUGCCAGACAGGCAGCCUGUGCCUGUAGCACUGAAAACAACCAGCAUCUUUCAUACAGUAGCAAACAUGAAAUAAUAUAGGAGCCAAGUUACAUCAUGUGUGCUUUGUGAGAACACUUUAGGAGACAAGGCAUUUUAAAUUUAAAGUGCGUUUUAAACUACAGAGCACCACUGAAAUACAGGACCCUUUAAAGCGAAGAUUAGCAAACAGUCAGUGGAACACACUAGGAGGAAGUGACAUUUUGGAAAAUUCCUGCUUUUAUAAAAAAAUGUACAUAGAGCAUACAGGACUUUGUGUUUUUAAGUCUUUGCAGCUGGUGUGACACUUCUGAAGCCUGUUUCAGCAUAUUUGUUAAUCCACAGAACAUUUUUUCACUUAUCCCUAACAUAAGACUGUCUGCAUAGUUGACUUGUAUUUCUAUUAGGGAAAGUUUAGCUCUUAAUUCAGGAUUGGACAGGCUUUUUUGUGGGCCUUAAUACAUCUAUUAUUUUGAUGUCUUAUGGAGAUGUGAAUGAAUCCUUAAUUUGGAAGUGCAAGGCUUCUGUUUCUAUAUGAUUUUUGUGAUGUGGAAUACCUUCACUGCUGACACCUGUAGAAGACUCUGUAUAACAUACUGUUUCAGAAAUUUAAGUACUAGAGACAAAAGACACCUAAUGGUGUCUGCUAAAGAGGGACUCAUCUCUGAUGAAGACUAAACAUGGUAUCCAGCAUCUACUUUAUCAGUAGAACCAAUUUGUACUUGAGGAUGUUGUGCAUUAAAUGUGUAUUUAACUGAGAUCUUCAUACAGACUUCUAUGGAAGUAGACAAUACAAAAUUGUAGCUAAAGUCAGUUGAACAUGCAGGACUGAGUAAAAACAGAUGUUAAUGUUCAUAAACAUCUAGUCCUAUAAGUUAAAUCUAAAGUAUAUUGAAUAAAGUUUCAAUUUCUU